AUGAUCGCCGUCACAGAGAAAGCUUCCAAUGUAUGCGCGUAUUGCCGAGUGAGGAAGCAAAGAUGUGACCGCAAUCUACCACGAUGUCAGAGAUGUGCUGCCAAAGGUCGGCACUGCGACUACACGCCGUACAGAGAACCUGCACGACAAGAGUACCGGGAGCCUGAGACAUUGAUAUUGCACUCUGAUACCUGUUUCCACACAGAGAUUUCGCAACGCGGCUCGACCGAGCUGCUGCAUACCGUCAUGGCAUGUCGGGAAGGUCCGCUUAUUUCUACUGCCAAUCCGAAACUGUCUGCACUUGUUUACGAGAUCCUGGACCAUGCUGACGUCGACAUGGCUGUUGUGUUGGCCGAGUUUGGACCCUGUAUUUCCCAGUGGUGUCCCAUUAUUCCGCAGGACCUUCUUGACCGUUGUGCAAACGAUUUGGUUAUGCAGACCCCACGUCCUGAGAGGGUGAACUACCCUUUAAUCCUGCUGUGUUUGUGGCUAGUCACGAGACGCACUUGCGGGAAUACUGAUCACAUCAGGAAGUGUGAGCUGUAUCGCACCUUGAAGUUGCUGCUUGCGGUCUUGCAAAGUAGGCCAGAGUUGGAGUUGGGGGGCGUGCAAGUUGGCAUGCUGAUUGCCGUGUACGAGGUUGGCCAUGGUAUGCAGAGGCAAGCAGUCCAGACAAUAGCAAGCUGCGCAUCACUGCUCAAGCUUCUUGAAUCUGAUGCGAGAAAGAACAAUAUCGAAGAGGCCAUUGCAUUGACGGAGUGGCUCCAAGUGAGUAUGCUCAUGUUGGAUCGUCUCAUCUCACUGUCGAUGUUGUCGGAUCCCGUCUCUCUUAUUUUGCAUUCUACCAACCCCACUUGCAAGGCCAUCGCCGGUAGGCUGAUUCCAGGAAUGCCAGCACCCUCUCCCCAGGAGACUCCCAUCUCACCGCGCAAGGUGCAUAUCCGAGCCGCUGUCGCGUUAGCCGCCGGGCCUGUCCUGGAAUAUGUUUAUGCACGUCAGCACGGACUUGAACCUGAGCAGUCUUACGAUCAAAUUGACGACAUUAUAGCAGACUGUAUCAAGGUACUUGUCGACAAACCACAGCCGCACACCUGGCUACACUGCGAUGCGAUAGCCAUGGCCUUUCUCUCUCACAUCCUCCUGCAACAAACACAGAUGACGCAUCUCUCGGACAACAUGGUUCACUUUACUGUCCCAGGACCAGACUACACAAAAGCCCAUCUCGCGCUCAAGUAUUCGCGUCGAAUGUCGUGGGACAUGGUACGCAUCGCCAUUCAAAAGAUUCAAUCCCAGGAGGAGAUCCAACGUCUUCCCUUCGCCGGGCUCUGCUGUGUCCUUCGUGCCGGAAUCGCCGUCCUGGAGACAUCAGAGUUCAUGGCCGAGGAAGUGAUGGAGCCCGAGGAAAUCGUCGAAUUCAUGAAAAUCAUGGAUUGGUUCGAUGUGCGGUGGAGUAUUGGACGAGAGUAUGCCAGAAAAGCAGAAGAAGCUCUCUGCCGCGUCUAA